GGGGCGCCUGGGUGGCUCAGUUGGUUGAGUGUCCAAGUUCUGAUCAGGUCAUGAUCUCACAGCUUGUGGGUUCGAGCCCCGUGUCAGGUUCUGUGUUGACAGCUCGGAGCCUUGAGCCCACUUAGGAUUCUGUGGCUCCCUCUCUCUCUGCCCCUAACUCAUUCGCAUUCUGUCUCUCUCAAAAAUAAAUAAACAUUAAAAAAAAAUUUUUUUUAAUGAUGAAUGAAUGGAAAUUCAGAGGGACCAGACCAAACAGCAUAUGAGUACCACCAAGGGACCCUGAAACAAAAUCCUUUAUUCCCACACCAGAGCCUGCUGUUCCUGUGCAUUCUGCCUCAUGACCUCUGUGGUUGAGGUCUCCAGUGAGGAAAAUGGUCACAGCUCUUCUGUGAGGAUUAAUAAGAAAAUCUGUAAAUUGUUUUUAGCUUGUUAGGAGAGAAAAAAAAUGUUCAAUUUCUACUUUAUUGCUAUUAUUACAUGAACCAGAUUGAAUUGCUGUGUCUCUUAAGAGUUUCUUACGACUAGUGUGAAGUUUCCCAUUUUAACCUAAGCCAAUUUUAAACGGCCCAUAGAAUACAGAGAGAACUGUAAUAAUUCAAUUGCCACACUCAGUACAUUGUUUGAAAUACAACCGAAGAGGAGGAUGGAAACUUGCAAGCUUGAAGCAGGAAGAUGGAGCCUGUGAAUGUGUAAAAAGACAUAUCCUAGGUAAUGAAGAAGGGGCGGUGUGUGGUGAGAAGGGUAGUGUUCACCUGCACUGCAGGGCCUCAGUACAUGGACCGUGGCCAUAACAUGCAAGGGCCAGUGUUGUUCAUUUAUAAAGCGAGAAGACUAAACUCAGUUACCUCUCAAGUCCUUUCCAUUUCGGACCGUAUUUUAAUUGUUGCCAUCAUCCUCCACAAAAAUAUCCUGAAAUAGUUUAAGACAAAUUACAUAGAAUAUCUCAUGGAUCAUAGUUCCAGGGUUGUUUUUUUUUUAUUUUUUUUUUAAAUUAAUUAAAUAAAUGUAUGUCUCAGCUUCAGAUUUCUUUUGUAAGGCAGAGGAGCACUGGAGUAAAUAUUCUUCCCUCUCAGCUCUGUGCUUCAGGGGCCUCGUCACCACCUUUGGUUAGUUGCACCAGGCACUAGUCUAGUUGCUAUUUACCCUGCAUGGCUGAAUGCUCCGUUCUCACGUCCCGCACAACCAGGGAGGGCACUGACCAAUGAGCAUUGUGUCCUGGUACAAACAUCCCUGAGCACCUAUCUCUUUUCCUCCUUUUCUUGGAUCCUACCCCAGUGUGCGGUGUGCUUUUGGGUCAUCUCAGGAGCCAUCUGGGCCAUGUUGGGGAGAACUGAGGGAGCAGAGUGCUGACUGAGUGGCAUGCACUGUAGGUCUUUUCGCCAUUCCUCCAGGACUUCCACUGUAAGGAAAACAGCCCCUGGACCAACAUCCUCUAAGAUGUUUAUAUGGACCAGUGGCCGGACCUCUUCAUCUUACAGACACGAUGAGAAAAGAAAUAUUUACCAAAAAAUCAGGGACCACGACCUCCUGGACAAAAGGAAAACUGUCACAGCACUGAAAGCAGGAGAGGACCGGGCCAUUCUCCUGGGACUGGCCAUGAUGGUCUGCUCCAUCAUGAUGUACUUUCUGCUGGGAAUCACACUCCUGCGCUCAUACAUGCAGAGCGUGUGGACUGAGGAGUCUCAAUGCACCUUGGUGAAUGCGUCCAUCACAGAAACAUUUAACUGCUCCUUCAGCUGUGGUCCAGACUGCUGGAAACUCUCUCAGUACCCCUGCCUCCAGGUGUACGUUAACCUGACUUCUUCUGGUGAAAAGCUCCUUCUCUACCACACCGAAGAGACCAUGAAAAUCAAUCAGAAGUGCUCCUAUAUACCUAAGUGUGGAAAAAAUUUUGAAGAAUCCAUGUCCCUGGUGAAUGUUGUCAUGGAAAACUUCAGGAAGUAUCAACACUUCUCCUGCUAUUCCGACCCAGAAGGAAACCAGAAGAGCGUCAUCCUCACCAAACUCUACAGUUCCAACGUGCUGUUCCAUUCACUGUUCUGGCCAACAUGUAUGAUGGCUGGGGGCGUGGUGAUUGUAGCCAUGGUGAAACUCACACAGUACCUCUCCCUGCUCUGUGAGAGGAUCCAACGGAUCAAUAGAUAAAAGCAAAAGGGAUGAGAUCGUUUUCUUUAAAGCUCAAAUACUGUUUUCUUUCAUUCUUCACCAAAGAACCUUAAGUUUGUAAUGUGCAGUCUGUUAUGAGUUCCUUAAUAUAUUCUUAUAUGUAGAGCAAUAAUGCAAAAGCUGUUCUAUAUGCAAACAUGAUGUCUUUAUUAUUCAGGAGAAGAAAUAACUGUUUUGUGUUGGUUGGUUGUUUUCAUUAUCUUGUUUUGAUGCUGGAACUAGUACUUCCUUCUCUCGUUCCGCCAAAACAGGGCUCAGUUAUUCAUUUGCCAAGCUUUGUGGAGGAAUGUAGACAAUAUCAAUGCGAUAAGGUCUGUGUUCUCAAUUGUCAGAUCUCUUGAAGACAUUUCUGCAAUAUUUUUCAUCAUUCAUUGUUUACUAAAGCUGCAGCCAAAAAUGUUCUUUCUUUUCUUACUCAAAACUGAGCCCUGUAGCAAGUGAAGGGACCAGAUUUCCUAACUAAAGGAUGUUAAGCAUUUUCCUUAUAUUUCUACCAUAUCACUGUAAAGAAGGGAGAAAACCCAGACAGUUAUUUCUCUUUUAUUAUUUUCUAUUCAUAACUUCAGAUUUUUUAACUGAUUUCCAAAAAUAAGCUGUUUUCAUCAACUGAUUCUAUAAUCUCUUCCUGUGAUUUAAAUAGAAAAUGAACAGAGCCCUUUUCCAUUUAAGACCCUGCUACUGUGUGAGGAGAUAACACUUACAAAGAGUUUCAUUACCUGUGAAUUGACUGAAUGUUGAGUAGGUGCACCACUGCAAUCCAGGAAAGUCUAUGUCACUAAGAUAUUUAUGUGAAAAUCUUUAUUCUAUUUCAAGUCAACUGUUAGAUGGUAAAAUUAAGAUCCUACUUGCUGGCCAAGACUGGUAGACUGAUUUCAGUGGGUAAAUCUACUGUGGCAAAUUAACGUAUUGCAAUGUUACUCUUUGGGAAUUUAUGUUUAACUUAACGAGUAUGUAGUCUCUCUUUCUGACAAGUGUUCCCCAUUGGGAUUUUAAAACUAUGUGCACAGAAUAUUUGUCUCCUCUACAUGUUUUAUUUUUCUAUUUACAAUUCUCUUAUUUUUUGCUAGAUUUUAUACACAGAGUAGACUUUUUUCCUAACACACACUUAAAAUGAAUAACAGCUCUAAAGGAAGACUUUGUUCAGAAUGCCAUUUACUUAUUGUGUUGAGGGGGGCGGGGUGGAAUGAGGGAUUGAUUUUAAACAAAAACAUUCCAUCUUUUAUUUAACAUCAAUAUCAAAAGGGAAAGACACACAUCUAUCUUUCUCAUCUAUAUUUAAGUACCCUUUUGUAAUGUAGUAUCAAAGUUUUCUACAAAUUGGAAAAUUUUACAAAACAUAUUUGUGGAAUGAAUAGUGAAACUAAUCUGAUGAAGUGGAAAAUAUCCUGUAAUACUGUAAUUCAUAGUUUGACUUUCCAUAAGCACAUAAAUCCUUAGGGUAUAAUCAGGACUUCAAAUGUGUAAUUAAAAUUUAAACAAAAAUCCA